UUUUUAUAUCCCUUCGACUUUGAUCAAAAAUUCAUUUUGGUCCUUCACCUUUCAAUUUCGGCAUAAAAAUACUUCGACUUUUCAAUUAUUUUCAAUGUGGUCCUGUCGAAAGAAUCCGUUUUCUUUUUGGACAGAAAAAAUGACGUUGACUCCUUUUGAGGGGCAUUAUUGUUCUUUCCCCUCCUCCCUUACCCUAGACCCAUUUGAGGGAAUCAAAAACCCACGUUGUUACCCACCUAUGUACCAAAAACAAAACACCAAAAAUUUCAAAACCCAACAAACCCAAUCUCAGAAACUCAAAAAUACAACCCUAUGUGAGCCGAUCGCGCGGGAGACGCAGCAUUUCGGGUUGAAGAAUGUCGCAGGAUGGAAGAACCGUAGGUGAGAUUACUUUUUGGGUUUCGAUUUUGGUCAUUUUUGGUCUUGAAAUCUGGAAAAAAAAAAUGAUUUUUUUUGGUCUUGAUGUUCGAUUUCUGGUUGAAGAAUGUCCACGCAGCAUUCUUGGUCUUGAUACACGAUUUCUGGUCGAAGAAUGUCAACGCAACAUUUUUUGUCUUGAUAUACCGAAAAAAAAAAUGAUUUUUUUUGUCUAUUUAGGGUUUCGAUUUUGGUCAUUAUUCACUAAAAUAGAAGCACAAUAGUUGUACGAUUUGUUUAUUCACCUCGGGUGGGUGCUUUUAUGCCAUUUGUAUGUGUUCUAUGCAUGAUGGGUUGUUUUCUAUUAUUUCUACUGAUUGGGCUUUUAAAUAUGGUAUUUUAAAAUUGCAAGAGGCAGUGGGUUGUUUACGAUGCAAAUUCAUCAUGGGGGUAAGUUCUUUAAUGUGCCUAGAAUCAAGUAUGAGGUUGGUUCUAUUGUAUACGUAGAUAACUGCAACCAUGAUACAAUUUCUUUAUUGGAAGUUGGUGACCUGGUCGAGCAAUUGGGGUACAUGGGUAUGAUAAACUAUUAUUAUGUGAUGACUGGGAGAACCAUAAACAAUGGGUUGAAAAUGUUGUUGACUGAUAAGGAUGUAUUGGAUAUGAUUGACCAACUUCCUCCAAGUAGGGUAGUGGACCUAUACGUAGAACCUAUUAGUCCCCUUGCAAUGAUGGAAACUCAAGACAGUUCAAGUGAUAAGGCUGGGCGAAGUGGGCCAAGUGAUAAGGUUGGACCACCUGAUAUAGGACUUGGCCUUAAUCUUAACUAUGAGGAUUUUCUCUUUGAUGAUGGUGACUUAGGAGAUGUAGACAUUGGUGAUGUAGACAUAGGAGGAGUGGUCACCACCAGUAGUGAAUCUGAUGCCUCCUUUUUUGAAGAUAGUGACUACGGGCAGUCAGAUGAUGAUGAAUUAUUUGAGGCUUUUGUUGAUAAUGGAAUUGAAUGGGAAGGGUUAGGAAAGAACAAAGGGAAAGAAAAAGAAGUCAAUGAGGAGGUGAAUAUGGAGGUAAAUGAUGGGGAUGAUUAUGGAGAUGUUUCAUCAGAAGACCUCCACAGUGUUUAUUCAGAUUCUGAUGAUGAGGUGAAAGACAAAAAUCCUGAGUUUAGAGUAGAAAUUGAUAUGGGAAACGUCAAGUUCUGUCCAGGGAUGAAGUUUUCAAAUGCAAAAGAGUUUAGGGAAGCAGUGAUAAAGUAUGCAAUAAAGAAAGGGAAAGACAUAAAGUUCGUGAAGAAUGAGACAACAAGAAUAAAAGCAAUAUGUGCCAAUGAGAAAUGUCCCUGGAGUAUUUUGGGGACGCUUGCACAGAAAGGUGAAUCUUUUCAGGUGAAAACCUACAAAAAGAAACACAAAUGUUUAAGAUCGUUCAGAGUGAGGCAUGUAACUUCAAUGUACCUUGCCAAUAAGUAUGUUGAUAGUAUUAGAUCUAACCCUAAUAUGCCAUUGGAGCACCUACAAGAGAGAGUGAAGAAGGACCUUGUGGUUAAUGUGUCGACUACUCAAGCAUACAGAGCAAAGAGGAAAACACUUGACCUUAUUGAGGGAACACACUUGGAACAAUAUGCAUUGUUGAGGGACUAUUGUGAAGAGGUUAGAAGGACAAAUCCCAACACCACAAUCAUCAUCAAUACUAUACCUCCUCCAACUGAAGAUGGCCAGCCAACAUUUGAGAGACUUUAUAUUUGUUUGGGGGCAUUGAAACAAGGAAUACUAUCUGGCUGUAGGAGGUUAGUAUGUAUGGAUGCUUGCCAUUUGAAAGGAUCACAUGGGGGGUCAGUUGUUAGUGGGUAUGGGCAUUGAUGCAAACAACCAAUCUUUCCCAUUUGCAUAUGCUGUUGUUGAGAGUGAAACCAAGGAUUCAUGGAUCUGGUUCUUGAAGUUGGUGACUGAAGACCUACAAAUAUAGAAUAACAGUGCAUGGACAUUCAUAACGGACAAACAAAAGGGACUAGUUCCAGCAUUACAACAAGUUGUUCCAAAUGCAGAGAUGAGAUUCUGUACCAGGCACUUGUACACCAACUUCAGGGAUUUGCACAAGGGGAUGGAGUUGAGGAAGCAGCUAUGGUCAGCUGCUAGAGCCACAACUGUUGAAGAUUUUCACAAAGUAAUGGAGACAAUGAAGGCCACUGAUGUUGAGCCUUACAAAUGGCUAGCAGAAAAACCACCCAUGCAAUGGUCCAGGUCUCAUUACUCUACUUUAAACAAAUGUGACCUUCUUGUUAACAACCUGUGUGAAGGUUUUAACAAAGACAUAAAGUUAGCUAGGGACAAACCUAUUAUAACAAUGUUGGAAGGAAUUAGGUGUUAUUUAAUGAAGAGAAUGACCAAAAGGAGGGAGCAAAUAACCACAUGGGAACACAACAUCUGUCCAAACAUUAUAGAUAAAGUGGAGAAAUAUAAAAAAAUAUGUGGUGGUUGUAAUGCAAUUUGGUGUGGUGAAGGACAUUACCAAAUACAUGGUCCUCCACCUGAACAAUAUAGCCUGAAUUUGGAAGACAUAACUUGUAGCUGCAAGAAAUGGGAUUUGAAAGGAAUCCCAUGUACACAUGCUAUAACUGGCAUUACCCACAAGCAUGCCAAUAUAGAAGAUUACAUUGACCCUUGUUAUAAGAAGGAGACAAAUGCUAGUAUCUAUAGGGGUAUCAUUUACCCCAUCAAUGGAAGGAACAUGUGGCAUGCUAGUGGGUGUGUGUCAAUUCUCCCUCCCAACUAUGGCAGGUCUUCUAGAAGGCCUAAGAAAUGUAGGAGGAAAGAAACGGCUGAGUUAGAGAAUCCUGACCCAGAUAAGCUAAGGAGACAAAAUACUUCAUUGAGAUGUGAGAAAUGUGGCCAGUGGGGGCAUAAUAUGAGGACCUGCAAAAAUGAAGCAAAUCCAGAAAUUCGAAGGAGACCUAUUGGAGGGUUAGUGUUCACAGGCCAAGAGGUAAGCCAAGGAGAGGGGGUGUUCAAUCAACCUUUGGUAGGGGCAAGGGUGCAGUAGGUGAUGGUGCAGCACCUCAAUCAAGCCAAGUUUUAGUGGGAACUGAUGGUGCAACACCUCAAGCAAGCCAAGUUUCAGUGGGAACUGUUGGUACUGAUGGUGGUGGAAGGGGAAGGGGAAGGGGAAUGGGUAGAAACAUAUGAGGGAGCAGUGGUGGAAGCACUAAUGUUGGCAGGGGCAGUGGUGGUGGAAACAAAGGAGGGAGAACUGGUGGUGGAAGGGGCAAGGCUGGAAGGGGGAAUGGUGUUGGAACCAGAGGAGGGAGCACUGAUGGUGGAAGGGGCAGGACUGGAAGGGCCGUCUAGUGAGUACAGCAGGAAAUUCAAAGCCAACAUGAUCCUCAUUGCAUUGCAUUAUGAGGAUCACUUUUGUUUUUGUCCAGAUCCACUUUUGCUCUGAUGUAACUUGCUUUAUUGUGAUGCAUUUUGAUUCCUUGCCAGUAGUAGAUAUAGAUAUGACAGACUUGGGUCAUGGUGCUUUGUUGGUUUUGACAAGUAGAUAUUAUGUAUUGAAUGGUUCCAAUUGAACUGACUUUUGUUUUUGAAUAUUAUGGUCAAUGGCAAGUAGGCCAAUGGGUUU